GCCGUGCGCCAAAAAAUCAUCCGAAUUUGUGUUUGAACUGAUAGUACGAACAUAUCCCAUCUUUCACCCCAACCAUGACAUCUACAACACCUCCAGAUGUCGCCCGCCAUGUCGAAUCCCUCAUCCCCAAGUUCCGCCUAACCCGCCUCCUAAACUCCGACCAAGCCGGCCGCCGCAUCUCCCUCUUCGGCACCAUUGACGACAAACCCGCCCUCCUCCUCGCCGAGCGCGCCGCCUUCGACACCACCCCAGACAACCUCUCCCACUUCCCGACCUCGCUCCGCAACAUCAAAAACCUUGGCGCAAACGACAUCUACGCCUGGUUCCUGGCAAACUCGAACCCACAGCAAGAGCACCCGCCCCCAGACUUCAAGCUCAACCUCAUCUACCCCUGCACGGAGAAGCAUGUCAAAAAGUACGAGUCGCAGCGUCUCCGCCUUGUGACCGAGACACCAGAGAUUUAUGCGAAUCACGUGCGGCCGUAUAUGCGGGCGCAGCGCGAAAAGGGCGCGUUGAACUGGGUGUACAACAUCAUCGAAGGUCGUACAGAGCAGGAGGAUGUCAUGUACCGUGAGUCUGGUGACGAGGGCUUCUUGCUGCUUCCCGACCUCAAUUGGGACCGCAAGACCAUGGGGAGUCUGCACUUGCUAGGUAUAGUGGAACGAAGAGACAUUUGGAGUCUGAGGGAUUUAGAAAAGGGAAUGGCGGGGUGGGUGAGGCACAUGCGGGAGAAGAUGGUCGAGGCGACGGUAGGCUUGUAUCCUGAGAUUGAGAGGGAUGAGUUGAAGCUUUAUGUGCAUUAUCAACCGACUUACUACCACUUUCAUAUUCACAUCGUUCAUGUGUCGCUAGAGGCGGGGAGCACGCAGGCUACCGGUAAAGCACUUGGUCUGGAGAACAUCAUUUCCCAGCUCGAAACUAUGGCACCUUCCUCGUCUUCUGCGUCUGCGGGUAUGCAAGAUGUGAGCUUGACUUAUCAUCUUGGCGAGAGGAGUGAUCUAUGGGAGAAGGUUUAUUUGCCCUUGAAAGAGGGACGAAGAGUUAACGUAGACGAUUUCUGAUGUGGCAUCAAAUAGAGAUAAAUUAGUCCGGUAUUUCAACCGGAAACACGAAGAAAUAAACAAAGUAUAGUAC